AUGAGUUUGGCUGGGACGGAAAGCUCGGAAGAGGGUGCAGUGCAUCCGGAGCCACCUGAUCCUGAUGUUCUUGAGAUUGAUCCAACUUGUCGUUACAUCAAGUAUAAAGAAGUGAUUGGCAAAGGAGCCUUCAAAACUGUUUACAGAGCAUUUGAUGAGGUCAAUGGGAUUGAAGUUGCAUGGGGCCAGGUUCAGAUUGACGAGGUGUUGCAAUCACCGGGUGACUUAGAUAGGCUAUACUCAGAAGUGCAUCUCUUGAAAUCGCUACGGCACAGUAACAUAGUAAGGUUCUACAAUUCUUGGAUUGAUGACAAGCGCAAGACUGUUAAUAUGAUUACUGAGCUAUUUACUUCGGGUAGCCUUAAACAGUAUCGUAAAAAACACAAGAAAGUUGACUUGAAGGCUGUCAAAGGAUGGGCAAGACAGAUUCUGAUGGGUUUAAACUACCUUCACAGUCACAAUCCACCAAUUAUACACAGGGACUUGAAAUGUGAUAAUAUAUUUAUCAAUGGUCACCAAGGAGAAGUUAAAAUUGGUGAUUUGGGGCUGGCAACUCUCUUGACUCAGGCUAAUGCUAAGAGUGUUAUCGGAACUCCGGAGUUUAUAGCACCUGAAAUGUAUGAUGAAAAUUACAACGAAUUAGCUGACAUAUACUCAUUUGGUAUGUGCAUGCUUGAGUUAGUGACUUCUGAGUAUCCUUACAGUGAAUGCAGAAAUUCAGCGCAGAUAUACAAGAAAGUUUCAUCUGGUAUAAAGCCUGUUGCUCUUUCUAGAGUGAUAGAUCCCGAGAUAAAAUCAUUUAUUGAAAAAUGUCUGGUUCCCGCCUCCCAAAGAUUGUCGGCAAAGGAGCUUCUGAUGGACCCCUUUGUUCAAGUAAAUGGUUCAGCAAAGAACAUUUCUUUUCCACUGCCUGAUAUUGUUCUUCCUAAACUCGGAGCCUCUGAAAACAGAGGUAUGAUGUCAGAAGGUCCUGCUAGUACACGUAUUAGGGCUAUUUCUAUGGAUCUUGGUGACCCUAACGAGCUACCUGUGAUCACUGUACUUGAUAAUUCCACUGUCGAUGCAUCAUCUUCUCCAAGUGUUGAGAUAAGAAGGUUGAAGGGAGGUGAUACCUUCUUUCUAAAAGGCGAUCAAAAUGAUGAGAAUUCUGUAUCAUUAGUUCUUCGGAUAGCUGAUCAGAAGGGACAAGCAAGAAAUAUCCAUUUCAUCUUCUACCUUGACAGUGAUACUGCUGUCUCAGUUUCAAAGGAAAUGGUUGAGCAACUUGAACUUGCUGAUCAGAACGUAAAAUUUAUAGCUGAGUUAAUCGAUUUAUUGUUGAUGAAAUUGAUUCCUGAAUGGAAACCUUGUGUGGCAAUCGAUCAUUUGGCCUCUGCAAAUAGUAAAUGGACUAAUGCUAGCCAACAGAGUGACACAAAGUUGGCUAAAUACAAAGGAAUCUCUAAACAUUCCACUGAAGAUGCAGGUCCCUUGACCUCGUACGGAAAAUCAGCUGCAAAAGAGAACGUUGACAAUAUGGAUAUAUGUUCUGAGAUGUCAUAUGCUUCUGCAACAUCAGACAUCAAUGGUAAGUUUUCUAUGGUUUCAUUCAUGUCUGCUGAAUCAGGAUUUGAAGGAGGGAGUCAGAGCUCAUUUACAUCUGAAACCGGGACAUCAUCUGAUUACAAGAGCAAAAUUUUAGACAUGGGAAGCAACAGUAUGAUGAGCUUCUCAAACUAUCCCCUCGGUGUUUCUUCCUUGUCCGAACUUGAUGAUGAGUUGAGAGUAGAGUUAGAAAUGAUUGAACAGCAAUAUCAGGAGGCAAUUAAAGAUUUAUCGAAAAGAAGAAACGUGGCCAUCGAGGAGAUUAAAAGGAGAAUGACAGAGAAGAUGGUAUCAUAG